AUGGCUUCGCCAUUCGUCUCCAAAGCUCCCCAAUGCUUGUCGUGCAUUCGGCGCGUCACAAGCAGCUUAGGUGAAGCUUUUCACUUCUCUGCAGGCCAGCACAUACGGGGGAAAAAAAAUCUUGCGAAAGUAUCGACGGUGAAGGUCCACCUGCUGCAGAACAUUCCUGGCUAUGGCAAGAGAGGCUCCGUCAUCCAGGUUCCUCCUGGUGUGAUGCGGAAUAUCUGGUUCCCAAAGAAGAUGGCCGAGUACCUCACCCUACAAAAGAUCAAAGAGCUUGGGGUAAAGAAGGAUGCUGUAGUGGAGCGGGAUUCCACUUUCCGGUCCAACGCGGAGAGGAAGCUCGAGAGACAGUUGGAGAAAGAACAGAGUAACGACGGGGAAGGAGAGGAAUCAGAGCCCCUUUCACAAACAAUAUCUGAACAGGAGGAUGGGCCUGCUCCAAUAGUUGAGCUAGAGCUUCUCAACGUAAGAUUCUUCGGAGUUGUGGCUGCGAAAAAAUUGCUAAUUUCGCCACAGCCCGAACAAGCAACGACGCUGCUCGACCAGCUACUCCCAGCAAACCUCGAUUUCUACCGUACCGUUAUCACCCUAGAAGCACCAGCUCAGAGAAUCUCCCCAUCCAUCCCUUCCUCUUCAGCCACUUCCAGGGCUGCAGCGAAUAACAGCAAGCUAUCAACACCCGGAAAGGAAAACAUCUACGGCUCUGUAUCUACCAGUGAUAUUGCCGCAAAUCUCAAGGCCGUUCUGGCGGAAGAUGAAGAAGGGGUACGGAUUGUAUUGUCGCCCGAGAAUAUAUCAUUUGUGGGGGAGACAGAGGAGAAAGACCGAGUGAAGCACCUUGGAGUGUUCGAGAUCGACAUUCAGCUGGACGGGGCAACCGAGUCUGUACGAAGGACCAUCAAGGUCAAUGCUCAGGGUUAUUCAUGUCAAGUCAUCCCCAACGUUGCCGCCCAGCUGCCUCCGUUUCGCGGCAACGCUGGAAUCCUCAUAGGUCUUUGGAGAAGCAUCGUUGUAAAUCUGGGACUGGAUAGGGGUUUCAUGAAUGAAAAAUCUUUUGAUUCGCUAUCUUCAGUAAGAAAUACCAAGGCAAUGGACGAUGUGGAUUCGGAAGCAAGUGGGAAGCCCUCGGCGAGAUACCCCUCCACAACAUCAGCAAUCGUAAACAUGGGAGCCACCGACGUCCUUAGCCGCAAGUCCGGUGUGAUCGUUGGAGAUGAUGUCUUGAAGCUCUUCAACUACGCGCAGGAGCACAACUUCGCCAUUCCAGCUAUCAACUGCACCUCCUCCUCGACCGUCAUUGCUUCCCUCGAGGCUGCCCGCGAUGCUAAGGCCCCGAUCAUCCUCCAGAUGUCCCAGGGUGGCGCCGCAUACUUCGCAGGAAAGGGUGUUGGUAAUAAGGAUCAAGAGGCCUCGAUUGCCGGUGGUAUUGCUGCUGCCCACUACAUCCGUGCCAUCGCUCCCAUUUACGGUGUCCCGGUUAUCUUGCACACCGAUCACUGUGCUAAGAAGCUUCUCCCGUGGUUGGACGGUCUUAUGGAUGCCGAUGAGGCCUACUUCAAGGCUCACGGCGAGCCCCUGUUCUCCAGCCACAUGAUCGAUUUGAGCGAGGAGGAGGUCGAAUACAACAUCGAGACCACUGCCAAGUAUCUGAAGCGUGCUGCCCCAAUGAAGCAAUGGCUCGAGAUGGAAAUUGGUAUCACUGGUGGUGAGGAGGAUGGUGUCAACAACGAGGAUGUCGACAACAACUCUCUCUACACCCAACCAGAGGACAUUCUUGCCAUCUACAAGGCCCUUUCCCCGAUCUCCCCCUACUUCUCCAUUGCCGCUGGUUUCGGAAACGUUCACGGUGUCUAUAAGCCAGGAAACGUCAAGUUGCACCCAGAGCUCCUUGGCAAGCACCAGAAGUUCGUCAAGGAUGCCAUUGGAGCUAAGGAGGAGAAGCCAGUCUUCUUGGUCUUCCACGGAGGAUCUGGAUCUUCGAAGAAGGAGUUCUCGGAUGCUAUCAGCUAUGGUGUUGUCAAGGUCAAUCUUGACACUGAUCUCCAAUACGCCUACCUUACCGGCAUCAGAGACUACGUCUUGAACAAGAAGGACUACCUCAUGGCUCAAGUUGGUAACCCUGAUGGAGAGGAUAAGCCAAACAAGAAGUACUUUGAUCCCCGUGUUUGGGUCCGCGAGGGCGAGAAGACGAUGUCUGCCCGUGUUGCUGAGGGCCUCAAGGACUUCAACACUGCCGGCCAACUAUGA